UCAGGUUGAGCUACUGCCCGGACAAAAUGACACUUAGACACGUUUCCUGCUUGACGAGUUUGGUCUCUCCAUCACUCUGAACCUUGACCGGAGUCCAUGGCUUCCUUGUACAGCAGGAGGAUCGCCACAAGGCUGUCUACCUCCUUCCCUGGUCACUACCGCUGCUCCAUUUUCUCCUCCUAUUCCUUCUUCUCUUACGGAAGUUCCGUCGACCAUCGUCCUCCAGAGGCUGCCACCCAAGCAUCCCCCAACAAGUUUUCCCCUCCCCAUCAGAUUCUGUCAGAUUCGUUCAUCUCGGAGCGUCUCCCUUCGUUCCGGAAUCCAGCAGAUUCGUUCAUCUCGGGGCGACUAUUUUCGUCCGGGCAGAUGCCCAACAUCUUCAAAUGCAGCUAUCCGGGAACCAGAUACUUUUCAAGCCCUUCCGCCGAUUCUGAAUCCCAAAAGCCACCAAAAACCGAGUCGCCUACCCGUGAAACCAUCGAAUCGUUCAAGAGCCAGGAGAUCGAAGGCCCUACGGUCGAGCGAGACCUCUCUCCCCUUGCCAACGAGACCAGGGAGGUCUUGGAUAAGCUGAGGAGGAGCAUCUACAACCUCAGCAAUGCUGUUGCUCUGCUGGGUGUCGCCCAGCUCAUCUGCGGUGCCUGGGUUUCAUGGAUCACCAGGGAGGGUGUCAUCCCUGAGACGCUGGUUCAGGGAGUCGCUGCCUUCGGUUUCCCCUUCACGAUGGCAUUCCUGCUGAGGCAGGCGGCGAAGCCCAUGGGCUUCUUCAGGAAGGUGGAGGAGAUGGGCAGACUUCAGAUCCUGACUCUUGCCUUGCAGACGGUCAAGAGCGUCGACCUUCUCAUCCGAAGGGUUCAAGUGAUCUCUCUGAUUUGUGGCGCCAGCCUCUUGACCGGCUUGUUAUUCGUAGCUUGGUCGCACUAACUGGAAAAAUUUUCCAUGAGGAUCCUGUCAAGGAGGAAUAAUGGACUGAUAAGGAAAAUGUAGCCUGUUGGAUGUUUUGGAAAUCAAAUUGGGUCAUGUAGUGGCGCUGCAACUUUGAGCUGACCCUUCUGUUAUGAUGGUGUCAGAGUGCUCUGCACAGCAUGUAUUUUCAGUUUCCUUAAUGUUUUUAGCAACCAUGGAACGACGGAGCUCGGGUUAUACAUAAACGGCCAAGUGCCGUGCCAUGCUAAGGCAGUUUUCUGUAAAACCACUGAUCAGAAGUUUGAUAAUACAUACUGCUUUUGGGAUC